UGGCGGCGUCGAAAGAGUGUUGCAGCAGAGGGACAGCGAUUAUUACCACGAUGUAAAGUUUUCUUAAUGCAAGUACAUAUCCUCGAAAUAAUCUCGCGAUUAAGUGACUUCCACAGACGAGGUUAGCCGUAGCUUCAUCGGAUUUUCAUAUGCUCUGAACGCUGAGAAAAAUGUCGAGGAGAGGAAGGAAGCGCAAAAUGGCAGUGGAAGACAAAGCCACUUGCGAGUGGGAGAAGGAUAAGAUCCUUCCGGAGAAUCUCAGAGAUGAAAUGGAAGCUAUGUGGGAGAUACCGCAGAUAUAUCACUUCUUGCAAUUAACCAAAGAGGCGCUCAACAUUUCACAUUUAUCAAUGUACGAAGUAGAGCGGAUGCUGCUUAUGCCCAAAGCCUCCAAGCAAUUGGCGCACAUAAUGACGUCUUUGUUAAGCUCACCUUCUAUCGCGAAAGCCAAAUCGCAAAGAGUACCUCCGAUGCCUUACGAGUUUUGGACCAAUAUUUUAAUAUACAAGCUGAGAAGUUGGUUUAAGAUGUAUCAAACGAAGCAUGAAGAUUCAAUUAAAGUUUUUGAGGCAUUAGGAAUCGAACCGGAAUUCUGGUCAAUUUUUCCUGGCGCUGAUAAAAUUGAAGGUAUGGAGUUUCAUGACUUUACCUUCAAACAGAGAGUCUGGCUUUUGAAAACUAUUUGCGACACUGCCAUGCAUUCGAGAAAAACAAUACAGGAUGAAAUAGCGAAGCAGCCAUGGGAGAGUCAAUGUGAGACUGUUUUAGGCAUCGAUAGGUACGGAGCGCGUUACGUUUACUUCCCACAGUUUCUACAUAAUGACCUUAGGGUUUAUAGACACUGUGUCGACAAUUCAGUGUUGUCAACUGUUAGGCCACGAAUUGUAGAAGUUAAACCAAAGAUAGAACCAAUAGUUAUAAAAGAGGAGCCGAAGGCUGUACCUCGCAUGGUAGUUCGUCGAAAGAGAAGAAAGUCUCGUUGGAGCAACGGUUCGUUACCACCAAAGCAAAAGGCCAAGAAAAAAGUCGAUUUAUCGUUUACUGAUUCAGCCGAUUCUAAUUCCAAUUCGAUAGACACUUGUUUCUCCAGAAGUUCGAAAAAUUCCGAAGUAGAAAGUACAAAAUCCAGUGGGUACGAGACUAUGGUCUCCGGGGAAAUUGUAGUUGAAGAAAGUGAGAAGGAUACGAGUGGAAAGGAUAUCGAGGUAGAAGAAAAGGAAUAUGAAGGGCAUGAUGAUUCAAAGGAUAUUGGAUCAGAGGAAAGUUUUAUAGAUAUUGUAGGGUUAGACAGUUCAAAUGAUAUUGUUUUGGAAAAAGAAAACUUAAAAGAUAUUGAAACGAUUGAUAACUGUAGUGAUCAAAGCAACGAGAUACAGUCGACAGUGGACGAUAUAACGUUCAACAAAGAAUGUACUUCGUUUAUAUCAGAUGAAGUAUCAACAAAUUCAAAAACUGACGACGAAAAGCUUGAGGAAAUGAACGUUUUGAAAGUGACGGAAAAGUCCGAAGAAGCAUGUUCAAACCUAACUAAGGAUGUAAAUAUAUCCAAAUCGGAUGAUGAAAAAUUGUCUGAAAGUAAAAACUGUGAUACUUUAAUUAAUGAUGAAUGCGUGAAUGAGAAUACUAGUCUUGGCAAAUCGACGAAUACAAAAGAGAAAGAAGAGAAUGAACAGUCUCAUGACGAUGACUCUGCAACAAGACGCAGUGCACGAAUAAAACACUUUACGGAGAUCAAAAUGGAAGUUGAAGAUGCCGAGACAGCCUUGAAUGUGUCAGAAAGCGAAGAGUUAUGUUCGAUUGAUUUAAGAGAUAAGAUUUGUAGAGUUUCGUCGCCUGAGUUAGAGAUGGACGAAUCAAAUUAUUGUGAGAAAGACUGGAGCGUGUAUGACUUCAAUAAAUUACUGUGUGACCUAAGUGUCUCGAAUUUUCAGCUCGUUGCGGAUAGUUUAGAUAGCCUUAAGGAUUUGACUGACUAUGUUAUUUCUGAUAAGACUGUUCCGGAUUUCAUAACGGAGAAAGAUUAUUUUACUAGACCUGCUUGCGAAGAUAAGCUCCUAAAACGAAUGAAAGUACUACUAGCAUCUUUAGAAAACGUUGAUAGUAUUCUAAAAGAAUCAACGAAAAAGGCCAGAAAUAAGCUUCAACGAGAAUGGAACAACUUUGAAAAUGGCGUGGUUGACGAGGAAACGGAAGCUGGAGCUGACCGCUGGCUGGUCAAUUCACAGGGCUGUGCCUUCCCGUCUGUCGCGACGUUAUCGCAUUCUUCCGUAUCCGGAACUCGUGAGUCGACGGCGGCAGACGAGGUCGCAGGCGAUACAGAUACUACUCAAACGACGACCGAUCAAACGGCAAAAGUUAAGGAUCAAGGAUGUCAGGGAAAGAAAGGUAUCGGCCAAGGUACCAUUAAAAAGAAAAAAGAAGAGGGUGACAAAAGAAGACGCGAAGCCGAUGAAGAUAAGAAAGAUGAUGACGGAGGAGAACCCGAACAGGCAAGCAGGCGAGUGUUGCGCGCCCGUGGCAUCAGCUCGUACACAGAGCAGUUGUUCUCCGACGACGAAGAAAGCGAAGAGGACCAGCUGGACGGGUGGGCCGACAUUGAGGCAAUCUACGCGACUCCCAGCACACAGGCCGAUACAUCCACUUCUGACACUACUGCGAAAGCCCAAGAUUCGGGAGACGAUACCGAAGAAGAGGACUCGGACAAAGAAUGGAUUCUACCUAGCUCUCGUCAGAGGAGAAAUAAGCGUCCCUCGGCAAAUCGACGUUUAAAAACAUUCCACCAAAAACUCAGCAACAUCAAGUCAGACAAAGAUAAUGCCGUCCAAGCGACAUCACUCAACAAAGAGAAGGAAACUAAACCAGUACCAACAAUGCGAUCUUCGACACCAAGUAAAACUCCUUCAAGUCAACCAAGUCCAGCCGAGACACCGGAAGAAAUUCAGACACCCGCAGUAGAAACUCCAGAAGUAAAAGCAGAAAAACCAUUAACACAACAGCCGCAACAAGAAACGAACCUUCAUUCAGUAUUAGAUAUUAAGGACGAAGGUCCGAUCUAUGACGGCAGUCAACAGCCGAACCUACUGGUAGUGACUACAGGUCACGCAAAUUAUGUGGUUAUGCAGCAACAGAAUACGUCUGUGACAGCUGUGAUGCAGCCAAGCCCAUUUAUUCAACCGACUGCAUUUGUUUCUCCCACAGUGGUAGCGCAACCACAAAGUUAUUACGUACAAACGGGACAACCACAAAACUAUAUCGUUCAGAAUCAUCCAGGUCUUAUUGCCACUGCUCCACGUCCAACGUUCAUUACCACGACGAAUCCUCAGUUAAUUUACCAAUCGAAUCAGCAGCCUAUGCAAUACGUUCAAUAUGUCGCGGCACCUCAGCAACAAAUUGCACAAUCAUCUCCGCUUUCAUCUCAACCGAGGAUCAUCAAUACGAUGACCCUCACACCUCCACGGCAAAUUUCUGGUGUUAGAAUGAGAGCACCGGGUAAUAUUACUGCCAACAGAAUGCCUACAUUAGGUAGACCACCUUUCCCACAUCCGAAUGGGGCUGUUAUUAGAAGCGCACCCUUGGCGCUGAAUGUGCUCAGACCUGGACAGAGGUCUGCACAACUGAGAGGUGGUACGAGGCGCCAGGUUACUCCGAGAAUGCAGAUACCGAAUAAAACAUGUAAUGCCUCGACAAACACGCCAAAGUCAACGUCGCUCAUUGUUCUGAGCGACAGUGAUGAUGAGAUCGAGAUGAUAAUUCCAAACAAAUCCGCUACUCCGAGCAAACCUCCAUCACUCAUCAGUCCUAUCAAACCUAAACCUCCGGUAAACCUACAAAAACCUGCUCUUCCACCAGAAUUAGUGCAACGUAUGAGCGAAGGUAACAUCUCCAUCAGUCCGGUUAAACCAUCUGUGCAACCAGCUCCUGCACAAAACACUCAACUUGUCGUCGUUGUGAACGAGACUGGUAGUCAUUACGCUCUUGCACUGCCAAACGGAAGUAAAUUGAUACUCACGCCUGAGCAGGUUGCACAAAUUCGAGCGUCGAAUGGCGGGAAGUUGGUAUUAUGAAGCUUCGAGGACGGCUAUGUGUGGCCGGUUAUGAUUCUGAACUGAGAUACAUCGCGUCAUUGUAUAUAUUACUGCAUGAACAAGUGACUUAAUUUUUAAUGACUAUUUAGAAAAAAAAUUAAUUUUGCUUUUCAGUUCUUCGUUGAUAAUGUGUUCACGAAAAUUAAUUAUGUUUAGGAAUUCAACAUUUUCAUUUCUAAAAUCUCAUAAGAAUAUAAUAUUGAUACUAAAGAUUAGUAUUUUAACAAAUUAAAUUUAUUUUUCAUAGUAAAUUAACGAAUGAUCAUUUUUUUAAAUGUUUUAUUUGGCACAUUUCAACGAUUUCUUUGGGAUUGCAAUAUUUGUAUAUUGUUAUAUAAAAAAAGAACACAACUAUUAUUUUCGUAAUAUUUGUGGCUGCAAUAGAAGAUUUUCAGCUGAAAAAUAUUGUGAUUAGUAUAUCCUACGUAAGUAAUAAUAUUUUAAUGUAUAAAGCAUGUGACUAUAUUUAGGGUAGACUGUAUAAAAUCUCUUCUCUUAGCGAUGUUCUUAUCUUUUUUGCGAGGAGUGAAUUUAAGUAGGAUAUUAAUAGUUUACUAUUGUUGAGAGUUUAUUACGAUUAGUGGGUUCAUUUAUUUUUCUUCGUUCCUAAGCCGCAAUUAAGUAUGUACUUCCGGAUGUUUUACAUGCAAUAGUUUUUACAACUCAACUGAUUAAUUUUUUUGUUUACAAAACGUAAUCAGAAGAUAGAUAUUAUUUCAAUGCUUAGUUAAUAUACACAAAGCUCAAUUAAACUUUUAAUAAGAAUGAAUGAAUUGUAAAGCCUUCAAGCUUACCCUCCUACAAAGUAACAAAUAAAAUGUAUGUAUGUUACACGAAUGUUUAUAUAAAAAUACUUGUUUAUUUGCAUAAAUGUAUAUUAAUAUAAAAAGUAUCAUGUGGAGGAAAGAGCAUUUUCGGUUGACUUAAAAAUAAGAAUAUCGCGCGUUGCACUAAUUCGUGCAGUUAACUGAUCGCUGUGUUCGUUAAUUCGGUUACUUUGUACUUUCUGUUUCUUAUACUAAAGUUUCACAGAUGCCAUUGACUAUAUGUUAAUAAGCGUGGAGGUAGUUGAUGAAGCGUUUCAUAGUUUCAAAAUUGAAAGCUAGCAUGACGAUCAGACUGAAUUUUUCUUUGUCGUCUUCAGUGGAAAGUCUUUGUCGACCGAUGCGAAUUUUACUAAUCGCGUGCUGUUGUACGGGAUAUUGCUGCCGGGAGGAUGAAGUCUCAUCUGAAACAAGAUUUUAUAAAAGCAAUUAGCAAUGUAAGUUGCAAGACAUAAGCGAUUUAUUAUUUAAAAAGACCUUUUUUGUCUACUUAAAAAUGUGUAAUUACAUACCUAUUAUUUCAUAUUUUCUCAUAAUAUUGGAUUUAAUUCGAAGUAAAAAGCAGUAAUUCAAAAAUAGUAUAUAACUUUUGGAAUUGUUAUUGUAGUUUCUAAAAAGACUCGGCGAUACGUAGACAACAUAAGAAUUAAAAAAACGGACAAUGAAACGAAUUAUGAAAAGAUUAAUGCUUUACUUUAUAUCGCCGUCACUUAAACGCCUCUUGAAUGUUUUCGAUGAUUUGUACUAGGUUUUUUAACAUUUUAGUUUAAGCUGUCUUUAGUAACAGGUGGCAAGCAACUAAGGCUUAAUCUUAGCAAUCUAGAAUCUUGAAAAUUGACAAAGUUUUACUGGAGCUGUUCAUCGAUCCAACGCCAACGUCCUUUUUAUGAAUAAGAAGACU